AUGAGUUACUCAUAUCAAAUGAUGAUGGGUGCAGGUGGAGGUGCAGAUGACAACGAACUUCAACAACAACAGAAUGCACCUCAAUAUACAAUGCCAAAGAUACUUGAUUAUCUUCAAUCGGAGUGGUUCAAAUAUGAAAUCGAUAGAGCACAUUGGGUAUCAGAGAAAUCAGAUUUAAUGGCAACAAUAACAAGAUUGGAAGCAGAGAAAAAGACACAAGAACAACUAAGAAAUGAUUUAUUUAGAAGAAUAAAGAUGUUAGAGUAUGCACUACAGCAAGAGAGAGCAAAGAAUCAACCAAAUAUCUUGAAUAGCAAUAGUAAUAAUAAUAAUAAUAUAGAAAAAGAUGUAAAUGAUCAUAUAACUACAACGACUACAACUACAACUACAACAUCAUCAUCACAACCAAGAAGCUAUGGAAAGAAAUCAAGCAAAGUCAGUAUAACUAGAAAUCUAAUCAAGAAGUAUCUUAGAGAGAUGAAUUACAACGAUAUCUUGGUUUCGAAACCAGAUUUGAACAGCUAUGAUGUUGCUGCUGUCGACAAUGACAAUAUACAGGAUGAUAAACAAACUACCAUUCUAAACUUACCAGAGUUAAAGAAACAACAACAUCAACAACAACAACAACAAUCAAAUAAUAAUAGUCAACAAUUACAACAACAAUUACAGCAACAAUUAAAUAAUAAUAGUAAUAAUAAUAGUAAUAAUAAUGAUAGUCAAUAUAGUAUGACAUCUUCUAUCAAUGAUCUUGAGUCAUCAUCGAUUCAACAACAACCAAAUCAACAACAACAACAGCAACAACAAGUAUAUCCAGAUCAAUUGUUAACAUCGUCGAUGGGAGAAGGCUAUUCUCUGUCCGAUCUGACAAAUUCACUCGAUUCUUUAUCGAGUGCAUUAGGAUCACUUGACAGUCUAUCGAAUGGUGGUUCAGCAGGUGGAACCUUUGACUUUUCAACCCUCGAUAACCUUGAUUCUCUGAAAGAGAAUAUUGACCAACAACAACAACAGAGUAGUAUCAAUAAUAAUGGUAAUGAUUUAACAUCAUCUGUAAUCGAUCUUUCACAUCAUGAGAAUGGUGGAUCUUCAUCAUCAUUCAACACAGUCGUUUCACAAAAUAAUCGACAAACAACAGCAACAACAACAACACCACCUGAUGAACCUUCAUACGACGAAUCCGCAUUCAAUGAAGAGUUUUUCAAUAAAUUAUCUUCAAAUUCCAAGGGUAGAAUGAAGUUGAAGGGAUUGACAAAUCUAAAAUCGUCAAUGUCCGACGACUCUGGAACAAGUAGCAUCGGUAGAAGUGGAAUAUCAUCUUCAAAGACUGGCGCAACCAAUAGGAGCAGCAGUAGUAGUAUCACACCGGUUGGAAGUCUCGGUAAGAAGAAAGGACUGGCAGCGGAACUUAUGGGUCUUGGUGCUGGCGACCUCAACGACAUCAAGCUGGAGGACAACAGCAAGAUAGCCAGUGACUCUGCCGCGCCAAGAGUAUGGCGAUAUAAACACACGCUCAAAUCACACUUUGACGGUGUACGCUCACUCCAGUUCCACGACACCGAACCACUCUUGAUAUCAGCAUCGGAGGACAGCACCAUCAAACUUUGGAAUCUCAACCAGCUCGCGCCCAGCAGCAACACCUCGAAAAAGUCGACUGGCGACGUCGAGCCAAUCUACACAUUCCGUGGCCAUACCGGUCCGGUCUACACUACGGCGCUCUCCUCGGAUUCAUCGAAGCUCUACUCUGCCGGUUAUGACAUGGUCAUCAAGAGUUGGACUAUUCCCUCGGCCGAUACCGACCCGUACCACACACACGGCGAUCUCCAGGCGUUCCUCGACUGCGAGUAUGCCGGCCACACCGAUGGCGUCUGGGAUCUUCUCGCCGCCACCAACGAUCGCUUGAUAUCGGCAUCGGCCGACGCCACCGUUCGUAUCUGGGACGACAACGGCAAUGAAAUCGGCCAAUUCCAACACCCCACCGACUCGACAUGUAUCCCAACGACGCUCUCACUCAUUCCGACCGACUACAAUCGUAUUCUCAUCGGUUAUGUCGACGGAACUGUAUUAUUAUAUGAUUUAAGCACUGGACAACAUAUUUCUACAUUGUCAUCAAACAACAACAGUAGCGACUCGAGAAACCAUCAAAUCAACAAGGUGGUUUCCCACUCAAUGCUACCACUUGCAAUAACCGGUACCGAAGAUAACAAGAUCGAGUUCUGGGAUCUCCAGAGUUGUCAGCCAAUUCACUCGAUGGUUGCACACUCUGAUGCCGUAUCAUCACUCACCAUCGAUCCAUCGGGACUGUACAUAGCGAGUAGUUCACACGAUUCCACCAUUCGUUUCUGGGACAUCUCAUCAAAGACCUGUAUUCAAGACCUCCAAUCACAUCGUCCUAAAUUCGACGAAUCCAUACACUCCAUCAAGUAUCACCCAACCAAAGGUUAUUUCGCAUCGGGUGGUGCAGACUCAGUAAUUAGAAUACACCAAUAA